GGCGGCGGAUAUGGUGGCGGAUACGGCCAAAGCAAUUACGGCAACCAAGGGGGCGGUUGGAAUCAGGGCGGGGGAUAUGGCAUGAGAGGAGGUGGCGGAGGCGGUGGUUGGAGCAGUGACUACAGUUCCAACUACGGCAACAGCUAUGGCGGCGGCCCUGUGAGGGGCGGCGGUAACUAUUCCCAGAGGGGAAGUGGCCCUUACGGUGGUGAGUCAUGUGAUAAUAAUAUUUUCGAGUUUAUCGAUACUGUGGCUAUGGAAGCGGUGGCGGUGGCAGUGGAGGCAACUAUGGCGGCGGCGGAGGAGGCGGUGGUGGAAGUUAUGGCCGCAGAUAAACGCUUUGAUUCAUUCUUGGGGAAUGGGAUGGAAGGCUUUACUCAAUGUGAGGCCAUUGUAUCCCAAUUGAAAGUGGGAGGGGUGGGAGUGUUAGCCAAACAUGCCUUCAUUAGAUCGGAUGUCGUCUAUCUUAAGGAUCAUUUUGACGAGUUGUGUCGCGAGACUGAUCUGUUGCUUCUUACUCGUCAACGUCUCGAUCACGUGUUGGCUCUUCAUGUCUGCAAAACGCAUUCAUUUCAUUAG